AUGAAAUUUGCCUUGCUCUUCGCUGCCGCGGUGGCAGAGGCUGCCGUCGUCGCCCGAGAAUGCACCGCCCCGGGGCCGGAUGAAGAUGGGCGGUACACCAUUUCUGCGCCGGGAAUCAAGGCGCAGUUCAUCCCCUAUGGCGCGACCCUGACGAACCUCUUCGUCAAGGACAAGAACGGCAGCGACAUUGACGUGGUGCUCGGCUACGACGAUGUCAACUACUAUCCCAAGGACCCCAGCCACCCCGUGUACAACGCCGUGCCUGGCCGGUACGCCAACCGGAUCGGCAACGGGCGGUACACGAUCGACGGGGUAACGUACCACACGGAGCAGAACGACGGCAACAACACGCUGCACAGCGGCACCAACAACUGGUCGUACCGCUUCUGGAACGUGACGGCCUUCUCGGCCGACUCGAUCACCUUCUCGCUGCUGGACGCGUCCAACUCGUCGCUGGGCAUGCUCGGCCGCGUCGAGGCCAAUGUCACGUACAGCGUGACCAAGGACACCUGGCACAUCAAGAUCACCGCCCGGUCGCUGGACCAGAAGACGCCCAUCAUGCCCACGCAGCACACGUACUUCAACCUGGAUGCGUACCGCAACCCUGCCAGCCCCAAGAUCUGGGACCACACGCUGUACCUGCCCUACUCGCCGCGGUACCUGGAGGGCGACCAAGGGGCGCUGCCGACGGGCAAGAUCCUGACGGCGGCGCCGGGGUCGAUCAACGACUUCGCGUCGGCGCCGAACCUCACGGUCGGGCACGCGCGCAACCUGACCGGGUUCGAGGGCAACUGCGGCGCCAACGGCGCCUGCGAGGGCUACAACGGCUACUGGCUGAUCGACAACCCGCCCCCGGACGCGGACUUCGUCGCGCGCCUGUCGAGCGCCUUCUCCGGCGUCAAGGCCGAGCUGCGCACCAACCAGCCCGGCCUGGUGCUCUACUCGUGCAACUGGAUGGACGGCACGGCCAGCCUGAAGAAGACGCAGGGCAUCCCCGGGGUCAAUGAGAAGGUUGUCCGGAGCAGCUGCAUCGCGAUCGAGGCUCAGGACUGGCCGGAUGGCAUUAACCAUCCCGAGUGGAACCGUACCACGGCGCAGAUCUACGGUCCGGGCCGGACGCUCAACUGGGAGAGCUCGUGGACCUUUGGCCUGCUUUGA